CUUCUACCAGAGCUGUGGUACAACCAACGAGCUGGGAACCGGCUUCAUAUUACUGGGCAAGAUGCGCCAACGUGUGAUCGGGUGGCAGCCGAUCAACGCAAGGAUGUGCAAGUUGAGGAUCAAAGGCCGUUUCUUCAACUACAGCAUCAUGAACGUGCACUGCCCACACGAAGGGAGACCCGACGACGAGAAAGAAGCGUUCUACAUGCAGCUGGAGCAGACAUACGACGGUUGCCCUCUGCGAGACGUGAAAAUUGUCAUCGGCGACAUGAACGCACAGGUAGGAAGGGAGGAAAUGUACAGACCGGUGAUCGGGCCUAACAGUCUGCAUUCCGUAUCAAAUGACAACGGCCAACGAUGUGUGAACUUCGCAGCCUCUCGUGGAAUGGUAAUCCGAAGCACCUUCUUCCCUCGCAAAGAUAUCCACAAAGUCACCUGGAGAUCACCGGACCAAGUAACAAAAAAUCAAAUCGACCACGUUCUAAUCGACGGUAGAUUCUUCUCGGACAUCACAAACGUCCGCACUUAUCGCAGUGCGAAUAUAGAUUCGGACCACCACCUGGUUGCAGUAUGCUUACGCUCAAAACUUUCGACAGUGCAUAGCUCUCGUCGAAGCCGAACGCCGCGGCUAAACAUCGAGCGGCUACAAGAUGGCAGAGUGGCUCAAGAAUACGCGCAGCAGCUGGAAGUGGCACUGCCAACGGAAGAGCAGCUAGGCGCAGUUGUCCUUGAAGAUGGCUGGAGAGAUAUCCGAUCCGCCAUAGGUAGCACCGCAGCCACUGCACUAGGUACGGUGGGCCCGGACCGAAGAAGCGACUGGUACGACGGCGAAUGCGAGCAGUUAGUCGAAGAGAAGAAUGCAGCAUGGGCGAGAAUGCUGUAACACCGCACGAGGGCGAACGAGGCGCGAUAUAAACAGGCACGGAACAGGCAGA